UGGCUAUUCACACUUACAUUUCUAUAAACAUGCAUUAAUCAGCUAAUAUAUAACUGUAACUGUGUCUAUACAUCUACCAUUUAGUAGGCAGGAAUUUGACUUUUGAAGAUGAUUGCCACUGCGGUUCUGGUUGUCCCAACCAAAAAACAAAGUCGUUUUUAUGAAAUUCCUUUUUUUAUUACUCUACGAACAUAUUUUUAUGCAAAGAACGCUAAUAAAAUAUUGAUACAAGUCACGUGCUUCUGCAUCAUGUUAAGUUUUAAAUUACUAUCUUAAUUCUCUUUUAAUAUCAAUAAUUUUAAGUUUGAUGCAGAGAUUUACUUUAUAAGAGGCAACAAAUAUUAAACAUAAAACAGAUAUUUCUUCUAUAAUUUUUAAGCUUAUAUAAUUUUAAAGAUAAUUUAACUGUUAGAAUAUUCAUAAAUUUCUAAAACACAAAAAUAGUUGAGGAAACGUUUAUAAAACAUUAAAAAAAGUAUUAAUGCAUCUAACCACAUCCUAUGUUUUCUUAGCUGGAAAAUACCUAAAACUGGAAAUGAAAUGGUGAAACCUUACGCUGGCUAUAAGACAAUGAUUAAAAUGAAAUAAAAUAAUAAGAAGACAAAGAAAAACCCUGGCAACACCGAACACACAAGGUAAUGUUAGACUUAGGACAUAAGCUUUUUGCAUCUCACAAGACGCAAACGCGGUUACUUGGAAUCAUACACCAAGUGUUCCCAACACGCGCAGACAUUUCUCCCUAUAUAUAUCUAUAAACUCAUACGUUAUAUAUAUUAUACAACCAAGAGAUCUUACAGAAAGCAAAAAAAAAUUUAUCUUAACACAAAACGUACAAGGCUCCGAAAGAUACCUAAGAAAAUGCUUGAUUGGAUACAUGGAAACUCUCGGUUACCACUCGCUUUAUCUGUUGUGGAGCUUUUGGUAGAUAUGGAUUGCCAAGGAUGUGAAAAGAAAGUCCGAAGAGCUAUUUCCAAACUUGAUGGAGUGGAUACGGUGGAGAUAGACGUGGAUCAACAAAAAGUGACUGUCACAGGGUAUGUUGAUCGGGAAGAUGUUCUUAGCAUGGUGAAACGAACGGGACGAGCAGCAGAGUUCUGGCCAUUUCCUUACAAUGGAUAUUAUGGCGACUAUUAUACGUAUCCUUCUCAAUACUUGGAACAACCGAUUCAGAAGAUAAACCAUGCAGAGAAUACUAUUUCAUACAAUGGGAAAUAUGAUUCGUAUGACGAAUCUACUAUAACCGGUUAUAAUUAUCCUCGUCCAACACAAAAAGUUGAUGAAAAUGCUCUUCAUCUUUUUAGCGAUGAUAAUGUACAUGCUUGUGCUGUCAUGUGAAUUUUUGUAUUAUUUGUUUGUUUUUUCAGUUCAUUCAUUCAUUCAUUUUGUAAUCACAGAAAAUAAAUAUCGUAUUCUUUUUUGUCC